CUAGCAGUAUAUAUUCAGAGACCAAGUAGCUAACUACUAUAUCUUCUUUUUUCCCAGUGUUUUAUAUUAAACAUAGUCUCCAGCCACUAAAAUUAGUAUUUUGAGCAAAAGAGUGAGGAAAACAAAACCAUCUGAAAGUAAAAUGACUCUCACAGUUGUAGGGUGCCUUGCAGUUUACAGAGCAGUUUCCCUCCCUAUGAUUUUAUAGGUGGUUGGGAAACUAUCUUGGGACAGUUGUGACCUAUGCACCAUCGCCCGGUGACCAGGGAUGCUCGUGCAGUACUAGCACUCAGAUCUGACCUUAGGACCCAGGCUUUCACCCCAUCUCAGUGAGAAGCUGUGCACAGAGUUAAAUAGGCAAUGGAAUUGAAUGAGGUGAAGCCCCUGAGAUCCAUGUUUCUGAGAGUGUCAGAAAGUGCAGCCUUGCAGUCACAAAGUCGCCGAAAGACACAAGUAAUGGCAAGUAAUGAUGCCUUCCUUGGGGCAGUUUAAAGAGCACUUCCCAUGUGUAAUCACCUUGGCCAUCACCAAUGGAGCAUACACACUCCACUGCCCCUGACGUGAGAGACCUAGGAGCCAACUUGGGGUGUCUGGGACGUGGGUCACCACUUGCUCAUGCCUCGAAAGGGUAGGGGCACUUUUCCCCCUACCUCCUACCCACCCUAUUCGCUGGGGCAGCUGGCAGCAGACCCAAUGGCUGGAGACGGAGAGCCCUUGGGUGGGUGGCUUCGCAAGGCUCUUCCGGGAAGCCUCGGGACCUACCUGCCCGCACGCCCCUCCCUUCCCCUCCUUCCACAUCCCGGGGUCUGAGAUGGGAGCGGUCUUGCGGGCUUUAGGACCCGGCGAUGUCUAACAAGCGGCUGGACAGUCCUAAAAGCGGCGGUAAGGGCCAAAGCAACAGGGUCUCAGCCGGCAACCUAGCUGCCGCGGUCGUAAAGGGUGACGGACCGCUCCGGCCAGCUACUACUGUGGCUCCGAGCUGCGGGUAAGUGCUUUCUGGCAGUCAAGGAACUGUCCGGCCAGGCUUGGGGAAGGCGGUCGCGACAAACUGGACCCCAAUGGCCCCUUGCGGCCAACGCUCCGGAUGGGUGCUUGGGAAGUGCGGGUGGAGAAACGGGGUGCUUGCCUGAAACCGAGGAUCCCCAUCACGCCUCUCCGGAAGGGGGAACAGGCCCUGGGGACUCAGCACAGCCUGGGGACCGGACCACCAAGCUUAGUCGAGGAAAGGUGGGGGGAGGGGCUGCAAGACCGAGCUCAGGGCGACUCCCAAGUCAUUCACUGGGAGGGGCUCGCCAGGAAACUUACAAAGGUAUCAGCGGACACGCAAGCGGGGGAUUCAGCUACCAAAGUUGGGUUGGGGCCGGCUUCUAGGCGCUGGUGUGCACCGGUUGGAUGGGGUUAGACGUGGCCGCGAGAGGCAAGACUGGCGGUCAAGAGGUUCUCUAUCUCCCUUUAUCUCCCAUUAACAUCCUGGCCCCUCUCCCAACACCGCGGUCACCCUGUCACCUUUCAGGAACCAUUUUUUGCUCCCGCUCCGGGUCCCAGGCUCCUUUUUUGCCAUUCUCAUCCCCGCCAGCUCCAAGCCCCCAGGACCCCAACAUCACCGCCCGGCUUAGCGGCUUGGAGCCAGCCUCUCCCCUAAUUCUCUCAGACCUGGAGGGGCCUUGGCAGUUCUCCACCUGUGGUGCCAGCGGACCCCGCGGGCCCACACAAACACAGUGCGACGGGGCGUAUGCUGGCAGCAGCGUGGUGGUGACAGUGGGGGCGGCUGCUCUGAGAGGCAUGCAGUUGUGGCGGAUGCCAGGCUCUGGGCAGUACCUGUAAAUCUCAGCCUACCGAGCAGCGGGCGGCAAAGGCGCCAAGAACCUGCUACGGGCGCAUGGCGUCUUCCUCUCAGCGGUCUUCCCCCUUGGUCACAGGGAACCGCUUUACAUCCUCGUGGGGCAGCAGGGGGAGGACGCCUGUCCCGGAGGGAGCCAGGAGAGCCAGCUCGUCUGUCUCGCAGAGUCUCGGGUCGCCGAGGAGCACUCGGCUAUGGAUGGGACCGAAGGGGUUCGGGGACCGCGGCGCUGGGCGGGAGGCGGCGGCGGGGGCGGGGGCGCGACCUACGUCUUUCGGCUGCGCGCCGGCGAGCUGGAGCCGCUGCUGGUGGCGGCGGGAGGAGGCGGUCGGGCCUAUCGGAGGCGGCAGGACAGAGGCCGGACCGCCACCACCGAAAAACUGGAGAGCCGCUCGGCGGCGCCCGGGAGCAGCGGGAGAGGUGGGGCGGCAGGUGGAGGGGGCGGUUGGACGUCGCAGGCCCCAUCUCCGCAGGCCGGCCGCUCACUGCGAGGAGCGGAGGGCGGUCAUGGCUGCCCAGAGGCCUGGGCUACGCUUGGCUGGGCCGCAGCUGGAGGCUUCGGGGGCGGCGGCGGGGCCUGCACUGCGGGCGGAGGCGGCGGUGGCUACCAGGGGGGUGAUGCCUCAGAGAAUGACAUCCUCUGGGCUGAUGGGGAAGAUGGGGUAUCCUUCCUACACCCCAGCACUGAGCUCUACCUGCAGCCCCUGGCAGAUCUGCCCACCCACCCAGGCCCUGUGGUUCUAUUGGUGGCUGUGGUGGUGACCUCGACACUGAGCCUCCUUAUGGUGUGUGGGGUCCUGAUUCUGGUGAACCCUAAGAAGAGGCAGGGCCUUUGGGGGACGAGGCUGCCAGGCCCUGAGCUUGAGCUGAGAAAGCUUCGAACCUCCACCUUCAGGACUGCCCCCAACCCCUACUACUGCCAUGUGCGGCUUGGCACGGCCCAGUCCUGUUCUCUGCCCCCAGGGCUUACUGAGGUUUCCCCAGCCAAUGUCACUCUGCUCAGAGCCCUGGGCUGUGGUGCCUUUGGAGAGGAUUAUGAGGGACAGGUAAUUGGCCUUCCUGGGGACCCCAGCCCCCUGCAGGUGGCUAUCAAGACCCUGCCAGAACUCUGCUCUCAUCAGGAUCAGUUGGAUUUCUUCAUGGAGGCCCUCAUCAUCAGCAAGUUUAGCCAUCAAAACAUUGUGCGCUGUGUGGGCCUCAGCCUCUGGGCUGCCCCUCACCUGAUUCUGCUGGAGUUGAUGUCUGGAGGGGACAUGAAGAGUUUCCUGAGGCACAGCAGGCCACACCUGGGCCAGCCAUCACCUCUGGCCAUGCAGGAUCUGCUCCAACUGGCCCAGGAUAUAGCUCAGUGCCGCUACCUGGAAGAAAAUCACUUCAUCCACAGGGACGUCGCUGCCAGGAACUGCCUGCUGAGCUGCACUGGGCCCAGCAGAGUGGCCAAGAUUGGGGACUUCGGGAUGGCAAGAGAUAUCUAUAGAGCCAGUUAUUACCGCAAGGGAGGCAGGGCUCUGCUGCCAGUCAAGUGGAUGCCCCCAGAGGCCUUCCUAGAGGGCAUCUUCACAUCCAAGACAGACUCCUGGUCUUUUGGGGUACUGCUCUGAGAGAUCUUCUCACUGGGCUACGUGCCCUACCCUGGGCACACCAACCGGGAGGUGUUGGACUUUGUAGUUGGAGGGGGACGGAUGGACCCUCCCAGGGGCUGUCCAGGACCUGUGUACUGUAUCAUGACCCAGUAUUGGCAGCACCAGCCUGAACUCCGCCCUAGUUUUGCCAGCAUCUUGGAGCGUCUUCAAUACUGCACUCAGGAUGCUGAUGUGCUGAAUUCACCCCUGCCUGUGGAGCUGGCACCCACCCUGGAGGACAGGGCUUCUGGGCUGGGGAGCAGAUCUUUGGAGGGCCUACGAUCCCCACAGGGCCAGGAACUGAGUCUGGAGAGCUUGAAGAGCUGGGGAGGAAGCCUCCUUGAACCCUGGCUGCCCUCUGGCUUCAAGCCCCCCAAAUCCAGGGGCCUCCAAUCUCAGAACCUUUGGAAUCCCACCUAUGGCUCCUGGGCUCCAGGGGGCCUCCCAGGUGAGGACUCAGGCUAGUAGCUUCCACCCAGCACUCCUCCCCAGGCUUUUCGGUAGCUUGUUAUUCCAGUAGCCUCUGUCCCAGCCCCCGGCUGUGCUGUGUGCUUGGGCCUGUCUCCACUGUACCACUGCACCACUGCAAUUUCCAUCCUGGAAACCAGCCCCAGGGCUUCUGAGGAAGAACCUGGCCACUCCCAGCCUUUGAUCUGUGGAAACAGAGGCCACCUCUCCCCCCUCUAAGUAAGGGUGGGGAGUUGAAAUUGCCUCCUGCAGGAAGCCUUUCAUGGAUUGCCCUUCUCCCAAAGCAUCCUUCAUCUG